AUGACACAAAAAACAACAACAUCAACAACCUCUUCAGAAACAACUACAACCUCAAACUCCUCGACCUCUUCUUCUUUAUCUUCUUCACCACAUUCAACCUACCAUGGAGUAAGAAAACGAGAGUGGGGAAAAUGGGUUUCAGAAAUUCGAGAACCUCGCAAAAAAUCACGAAUCUGGCUUGGAACAUUCUCAACACCAGAAGCUGCAGCUAGAGCACACGACGUAGCAGCUUUAACCAUCAAAGGCAAAACCGCAAUUCUCAACUUUCCUAAUAUCUCCAACAUGCUUCCUAUACCUGCCACGUCAGCACCACGUGACAUUCAAGCUGCGGCAACAGCAGCGGCUGCUAUGGUUGAGUUUGACGAACCUGUCGUGCAUGUGACUGAACAAUGUUGUUCUGAUGAAUUUGAAGAGGAAGAAGAAGAAGAACUUGGUCAAAUUGUUGAACUUCCUAAAAUUAAUGAAGAAUGUGAAGAUGAUCACUCAGCUGCUGCUGAGUUUGUAUUGCUUGACUCGGCUGAUAGUGAUUGGUUUUACCAUCAAACUCCGACAAAUGGGUUUGAAGGAAUUGAAUUCUAUGCCACUUUUUCUGAUGAUUUUUCUGUACCUAUUUGGGAUUGA